AUGGGGGCACAAGUUGACAAGGUACCUGGACAUGGACCAUAUUGCUACAAAAUAUAUGGUCAAAUCUAUCACAAGACGUCAAGUUUACACCCAACAAAUGGUCAGCAACGAAAAUUUGCCCAAAUUUAUAUACUUGACUCAGAUGCCGCAUUGCGCCAACGAAUGGGUAUGUUGGAAAACUUUGGCUGUCUUCCUUCCCUAAUGAAUAAUUUGGCCUCAUUGCUACAUGAAAUCAAUCCGUAUGUAGCAGCGUACAGAAUGAUGCGAGAUUUCGAAAGUGAAGAAACUCAGUCAGCUGCACUUGCCGGGAGAGUUCCUCAAGACGUUCACAUGUGGAUUCAUCAAGAUAAAAGAACUGAUAAACGGCGAUAUAAUGCACCUACAGCAAAUGAAGUAGCGAUUGUCUUCAAGACCCGUGAUGGUGAACCACCAUUUGAACGAGACAUAUGUGUUCAUCCGAAAGACGGACACAUGCAUAACAUUUCUAUCCUCAGUCAACAUGCUGAUCCAAUGACAUACCCACUUUUAUUCCCUUACGGGGAUAGAGGAUGGGUAAAGGACACUCUACUACAAGGUCAUGGGAAAUGUAAACACAUAACUCAAUUACAAUACUAUUCAUAUAGACUUGCAACUCGAGAUGAUUUUCAUCCAAUACUAAGCGCCGGAAAGCUCUUUCAGCAAUAUUCCGUAGAUGCGUAUGUAAAAAUCGAAGGAAAUAGACUGCAGUACCAUAGACAAAAUCAGACACAAUUAUGAAGUGACCUAUACUCAGGUCUAAUGGACCAACUUAACAACCUCACAGCGAACAGGGGCGAAAAGCCUGGUACUACAGUCAUACUGCCAUUGACUUUUCAAGGAAGUCCCAGAGCUCAACAACAAAAUUUCCAGGAUGCCAUGGCUAUUGUGCGGAAGUUUGGGAAACCAGAUAUCUUCCUGACGUUCACGUGCAAUUCUCGAUGGACAGAGAUACAGCGUAAUCUCAAGAAUGGCAAACAGGCACAUGAUCAGCCAGACCUAGUAGCCAGAGUAUUUCAGCUAAAAUUGAAAGAGUCAAUGCGAGACUUAUUGGUAAACAAAGUACUUGGAUGUGCAGUAGCCCAUGUAUACAUCAUUGAAUUUCAGAAACGUGGUUUACCACAUUGUCAUUUACUCCUCAUCCUUGCUAAUGACGACAAGCCAAAAACCGCUGAUGUCAUAGAUAACAUCGUUUGUGCUGAAAUACCUGACCCACAUUCCAAUCCCAGGUUAUACCAAAUAGUAAAAAACAACAUGGUACAUGGCCCAUGUGGGAUAGACUUCAAUAUGGAAAGUCCAUGCAUGAAUGAGAAGCAUGAAUGCACUAAAGGAUACCCAAAGGAUUUCUCAGUUGCAACUCGCGACAAUGUCAGUGGAUAUCCAAUUUACCGACGACGUCAAGAUGGCACAAAUAUGAAUGUUGGUAAUUACCAAAUAGACAACCGAUGGAUUGUUCCGUAUAAUAAGUACUUAUUGUUGAAAUACAAUGCACAUAUUAAUGUUGAAAUAUGCUCCACUAUAAAGAGUAUAAAGUACCUCUUCAAAUAUGUGUAUAAGGGCCACGGUCAUGCUACAUUAACGUUUAAGAACACAACAAAUGAUUAUUGUUGGGACGAACCAUCGAUGUUCAUUGACAGCAGGUAUAUUAGUGCUCCAGAAGCGAUAUGGCAAAUCAGAGAACAUAAAAUGCACAACCAAUCGCAUUCAAUCAUUCGUCUCGCAGUUCACCUACCUAAUCAGCAAUGUGUGGUAUUUGAAGAAGGAAAGGAAAUAGACGCAUGUGCUAGACCAAGUGCCAGAAAUACAACACUAACAGCGUGGUUUCAGUUAAACAAAACUAUUCCUGCUGCAUGUGAUUACCUUUACCAAGACAUACCAAGUCAUUAUGUAUUUAACUCCAAAUCGACAACGUGGACUCCAAGACAAAAAGGACAUGCAUCUAUCAUCAGCCGAAUGUACUACUCCAUGUACGAGGGGCAGAAUUAUUUGACGCCAUUAGAUCCGUUAACGGUGUUCUCUGUAGCACCUUCAAAGAAGCAGCGCAAAAGCGCGACCUCCUUCGAGAUGACACGGAGUGGCAACGAUGUUUGCAAGAGGCGACUCUUUUACAAAUGCCAUACCAAUUAA